AUGUGACCCCUCCGUCAGCCAAGACCGAUCUUCGUGGAACGCAAAGCUCGCAGGUGUACCAAAUGUUGUCAUUUCUGCAAAGCGUGGAGUGUUGUGAAGUUGGAUGGUAUAUUAGCUUUUGCUUCUUGUUUCAAAAGUGCUAGAGUUUAGAGGUGCGCGCUGUCUGCUUCACGUGAAGAGCCUUUUUUUUUUAAUCAGUGAAUUUUUAUUUUUGUGCGAAAGGGAAUUUUUGAACCGAGUUUAUCAAUCUGGUUUCUUCUUAUAUAUGUUUGAAAAAUAAAUGAAAGAAAUUCGACAGGUGAAACUUGAUUGAGAUUUUUGUUUUAUUUUUCCUUACGAGCGGGAAAAGUCCUUGAACAGGAGCCUGGUACAAGUAAAGACAUCUCACUGUAUGGCAAGUACUUCAACCGCCAAAGCCCUAGUGAAGAACCGCCUUUCUAGGACUCGUCAUGGCUCUACAAAGAGUAGCAACAGUCACACAUUUCGUCGACCACCAAGUCCAGACAGUGCUUGCGAACACGAUGCCGAAUGGGUGAUGGGUACUGUAUCUGGUCCCGAAGAUAUGACCAGUGAUUUGUCCGAGGAAGGGGACAAAUCUUGUGGCAGGGAUAUCCGCAACGUUUCCGCAAUUGAUGCUACCACCGAACGAAGUACAUCAGAAAACUCAACAUCAAAAAAUGCAGCUGGACAAGAUCGGCAGGACAGUGAUGUAGAUUCAGGAAUUGUUGCCUGUAGAAAAGUUGGUGAACGAAUCGGAUCGACGUCCUCAGCGGAUACCGAUAGUAGUCAGGAGUCUAGACCUAGAAAAGAAUACACUCCAACUCCGCACAAGAACGAACUUACCAAAUCUCGAAGUUAUACCGGUUCUCUUCGGGUACCGAGACGUUGUCAAUCCUCAUCUGGUCCUGUAAAAGGAGAUCAUUUAGCUCUGAAAGAAUGUAACAGACGACCUCCAACACCUCUGUCCGUGUUUCCCGAUUCACACCAUUGCGUAAGAUUUGACGAACAACUUCAACUCUCUGAACAGAACAUUAGACGAUCUUGCAGGAAGUUAUUUGCCACACUCUAUGCUCAACGGUUUUCAUAUCCAUCGCAUCAAGAUCCUUCAUCACUUCAUGGACGCAGCAACUCUGUACAUUCACGCAUCAGGAGUAGAACCGUACCGGAGCUGGAUCUCCGGCAAUACGCUCCUAUGCCUGCCGACAUCCAGGUAAAAAACGCCCGGAAUCAUACAAUUCCGGAAGUUUAUCAAGAAGAAGCAAGACCCCCUAGUUCGGCUUGGAGUCGUCGAGCCGUACAGAAAUCCAUGUCUGAUGCCAGUAUUGGCGAAAGAGGUUUGGGAACAUCUCCUGUUCAAAGAUACAAAUCGAAAUGCAACUACUUUCCCAUGGAUUUACCAGAAGACAAAGUCUGUCAUACAGCAUCGACUGACAGUGGUUUGGGAAGCCUCAGGAACAGCGGUCAAUGUACUUGUCAUAGCCAUCAAACGGCUGUCAUACCUUCUAGUCAACCAUCAAAUGUCUCAACAUGUACAUGCCGAUGCUGUAGCUGCAAUCAAGAACUGUCCACAAAUGUGAACAAUGCUUCAAAACUAUUCAAAAGUAGCAGUUGUUCCACACUUUCCAGCACUCUAUCUCAUCAGAGCAGGCCUCAUCUAACUCAAUUUCCCCCUCGAACUUUAAGAAAAGUAAUGUCCCAUAGCGAGGAUAAACCCAAAAUCAAAUACCUGCAAAAAACUUCAAGUUGCUCGAAUCUUCUGGACAGGCCAUCUAGUGGCUAUCAUAUUGCUAAUGUGCCAGUUUACAAUGACAAUAUGGUGCAGGCUUACGCUCAUUUAGCGUCUGUUAUACCAGAAGAUUUGAAAUCGAGCUGCAGUUCUCAUGGUGGUCGAAGAGCAAAAACUUUGAAUAGGUUGAGGUAUACAACUGAUAAUGUUUUCACUGAACCCUAUCGUCCCCAUUCUUCCUUUUCUUCAACCUCAGAACCUCCUCACUGUUCAGGAAAAAGAGAUUACGCAGAACAGAUUCCUUUCCAAACCUCUAGUGAUAAAGAUGUUUUUAAUAACAGAAACAAUCCAAGUAUUAGUUCUUUUAACAAUGCUGUGGGGACAACGGAAGCGGAUACAAAAAGUAUAGUUUCUGCUGAGAUUUAUAGUCAGAUUAAUGAUGACGAUGUUAGUUCCUCGGAAAAAACAUCACACCGGGAAAGUUUGAAACAUCGAACAUUUUGUAGUGAAAGACCAAAGAGUAUCGGUGUGGUUAUCCCUAACCGAGGACCAAAUCCAGUUUAUCUGAAAUCUGCGUUAAAAAAGCCUACUCAAUCUGCGAUUAUUAAUGUGAACGAUCUGACGGAUCUGGAAACUCAAGUAAAGGGAAUUGCACCCAAGCCAUCUGAGGUUGAGUACGCUAUGGUGGACAAAACGAAGAAAAAUCGUUUUGCUAGCUUACCAGUUUUAAAUGGAAGCAGUAAUAUCAUUACAAAUGAAAAUGAAGAAAAAGACCCUCCCGUGCCACCCAAAAAGAACCUUCACAAAAGUGAUUUCUCCUUAUACCGUAGUCGCUCCUCGUCUCCUAAGAAAACCAUCUUAGAGAGGAUGCAGACAUUAACGAAGAAUGCUAAGAGCGCCCUGCAAAAGGCUUUCUCAACGGAGCGCAUUUAUCGGCCGGAGCGAGAGGAGCGGAUGGAAGGUCAAAAAGGACUCCAAAGGUCAAAAUCUUUCAUCCGAGGCCUCACCAGUAGUUUCCGAAAGAAGAAAAGGAAGAACAGGGGAUCUCCUACAGCAGAGGUCGUACCACAGACUGGUUCAAAUUCGGAGUGGAAUGAUCAGACAAAUUCACAGAAUACUCAACUAAAUGUGUUGGGACAACUACUCCAGUUGAAUUUAGAUGGCUCACAAGUUGUGGAGUUGACCAAACCACCUACAAAACCAUAUGGUUUUUUUGUAGCAAGAGGACGAGUAAGGAACUCCAAAGGAGUGUUUGUCUCCAGAAUGAGAGAUCAAGAAACCCAAAAACAAUUAGCCGGUUUGCUGGACAUAGGAGAUGAAAUUUUAGAAAUUGACGGGUUUAAUGUCAAGGAUGCAGACAUAAUGGAAGUGAAUCGCCUUAUGUCCAAUAAAAACACUAUGUUAUUAACUGUUCUUCCUUACAUAUGCAGAAAGGACAUUUAAUCUGAGCAGCAUUUGUAAAAAUGAAUUUUACAGUAUUUAAAUAAUUUGUACAUAGGAAGGGGUCAAUGAGACAUCGUUUAUGAGCUUCAUAAAUUGAUAAAUAAAACUAAACUUUUUUAUGAAUCAAACAAGAAAUUAGAAUGCUUUAAGUAUAACGUAAUUAUAGAAAUUUUGCUUGAGUUCUGAAAAGUUGUAAAACUUUUGUAUAGUUACAAUAUUAGAAAAUAAGAGCAUUAUUCGAUGUUUUUAAAUGUUAUGUAAUUGUUAAUUAAUUAAAUAUUAAUUAAAAAAAAACAUUUGAAAUGUUUUUUCAAUUAAUAUUGUGAAAUUUAAACUUAUGUAUUAAAGUUUAAUAGAUUAUUUUUUUCUCUACAUCCAAGCAAAUAGCGCUGAAAUUCUCUGUGAUAUUAAAACCACAUCUUUAUCAAUUGUUAGCUAUUUUAAAGUUUUUUGGGGCAUAUCAUUUAAUUUUAAUAAAAAUGUUAUGAUUUUAUGCAGAAAAAAACAUCUUAGCUUUUUUUAAUUGAUAAAGUAUUAUUUGUAAGAUAUAUAUAAAAUUACAUUGCUUUGUUUAUGUAAAUCAUUUUCCAAAGACAAUCAUGUUUCUGUCAAAGUUUAGACAUAUAUUAUAUAAAUCUGAUAAAUAAUUUAGAAUGAGAAUGUUAUAUGAACCACGUACUUGUAUUGAUAUUUUUACACAUUUUAAAAUUAUUAUCCAUAGAAAAAAAAAUUAAGAUUUUAAUGACAUUUCAGCUUAUUGUUAUUAUCACAUAUCAGAAAUAGCUUUUAUAUACUAAACCAUAACCAAGCUACCUUAAUCAAUUUCAUUUCAAUUAACAUUAAAAAAUAGCCACUAACUAUCUAUGAGUGAUGAUUAACUGUCGUUAAUACCAGCAGGGCGAUGUUGUAGGGCAUUUGUAGCUAUUUAAUACUUACUAUGUAGUAAUGGGGAGUAGUUCUUUUAUGCUUAGGUUCGUAAUUUUCUCAGUUACGUUUACUUCAAGCUUCUUAUGAGUAUGUGUAGCUAUUAACGCCUCACACGCCCUUGCCUAUUAACCUCUAAUACCUUUUUUAACAAAUAAGCUUAUUUUUAACCACAUACUACCACCACUAAUUAAAUCUAAUAGCACGCUUAUUUUCAUAACGCCAUUAUUAGUCAUUAUAUAAUAAGUUGCACUUUAUUUAUUGCUUAAAUAAAAUGAAUUCUGUACAAUAUCGCUCCAUUUAUUCUACAGAAAGUACUCAUUUACUUAAUUAAUAAAAUAUCUAAUAAAGUGAUCAAUAAUGCCUUAAUCAGUUAUCUAUAAAACUUAAAUUAACGAAUAUACAUUGUUACUCAUAAAUUUUUUUAAACCUAAUGAAUGUUAGUUCUAUGUAAUUAGCUAAACCUGUAACUUAUGAUACUAAUCUAUAAAGCUAAAACCAGUAGGCUAUACGAACAAUUUACUGUAUAAUAUUAAUAAAUUUAUCGUUCAUAAGUCCUCCCUCUUUUUAUAAAAAUACUAUCUUUCUAUACUAUACGAUAAUAGACUAUACUGUCAGUGUUUUUUGAUGUAAUUAAUGAUGAUUUAAAAAUAACUUUUAUAGUCUUGAAAUAGUUUAUUUGUAAUUUUAUUAAUUAGCUUUGUUUUCAGUAGCUGUACACAUAAAUUUGAGCUAUUAGAGUGGUUACAAACCAUUAAUUCGCUAAUCUCUGAUAGAAAACUUACAUUUCGCCGAAAUAAAUUCUUUAUUUGCUUUUUGUUUUGAAAGUGCCCUAAGAAUUUUUGAUAACUUUUUGUAAUCACUAUAAUAGCUUGUAUCCAGAAAACUAGAAAUAAAAUUUUUAAGAAGAGAAUGAAUUUAGACACGGAUGGAAAACAAAACAAUGGGAAACAAAACAUGCGCAACCAAUAUGUUUUUUUCUUCUUCCAAUUCUGUUAGAGGUUAAGGGUGCGGUGCAGGCUAAGCUAAAGAAUGAGAAUGAAACAUUUUUAAAAAAUGUAACGAAAACUUUCAAAAAUUUUAAAAUAAAGCAGAAUUAAAAAUGUUUAAGAUGUGUAUUGUUAAUUUGCUCUGUACAAACUUUUUACAUGUUAUGGUCGGGAGAUGAAAGUUGGUCAAUAAUGUAUUUUUUAUAUCAACAAUAUGAAACAUUUUGAAAGGGUGUUUUUGCAUUUAACGGUGUAUAGAUUUUAUAUGUAAUUAUAUAUUUUUAUUGUUUUUAUCUGAAGUGUAUAAAAUAUAUGGUUUUUACUCAUAUGAAAUAAAUAUAUUUUCUGAUG